UGUAGAUGACUGGGGAAAGCAAGCGUCGACGAUCAUAUUCAUGAUUUUACUGCUAGCAAUUGUACAAGGUCGUGAUUUCUUAGAGCAUCAGUAGGAGAUACUGACGUCAUUGUAAAUAUAAUUAUUUCUGAAGUCGGAGCGCCUCACAUGUACCGAUUUGUGGAGCUGAUUCGCCACAUUCAGAAAUAAUCCUAACAGUUCGGUGAACGACUCAACCCUGAUCGAAAGCAGAAUGAGACUCUCGUCCACUACGCCGUUCACUAUGUGGAUAGCAUUGUGGCUGGCGGCCUCCGUCAGUAGUGUGUCUGCAAGGAGUGUUUCUGCAGGUACCCACUCCAGCGCUGGAAAUGAAACAGAGUCGUGUAUGGCACGAGUUCUUCAUCUACUACCAUCUACGGCUCUGCGGCUCAGCAUCCAGGAUACAGAGGCUGUGCUAAUCGGUUUACGUCACCCCAUUGAUCAGCUCAACUCCGCAAAUGCUGACGGAGCACCACUAUCUGCGUUCUUAGGUGGACGGCAGAAUGCUGAUUUGUUGGUACAGUGUCUGAGUGGUCAGCUUGAGCAAUGUCGACAAAGUCCCCAGUGUAGCGAUGCUGGAAAAUGCAUUUUCACACGUUCUAUACAAGGAAAAGGCUCAUACACUUGCAAAUGUGAUGAUGGUCAUACUGGAAAGUUUUGUCAGACAGUCCGGCCAUCCUGUUCUGGUAAUCCAUGUCAGAACGGGGCAACAUGUCAACAGAAAGGAUCAUCAUUUCAUUGUCACUGUCCACCAUUGUUUAUUGGAAAACGUUGUGAAGAAAAGUGGUUUGAUGCAGCUAAGUUUAAACAGCAAUCCAACACAUUACAUCAAGUCAGUGAGGAUGUUCAACAACUGAAACUUGAACUACGUGCGGGCAGACGUGAUGAUAUCAAUCGUAUUGAUUCAUAUCUUGAGCAACUGGGCACGAAGAUUCUUACUAAUGUUAACUCCACUAUGAAUCAGAUGUCAUCUCAAGUUGCCGCCCUGAAUGAAAGGCUCAACGAAGUUCAGGGAAAUCAAGAAGGGUUAUUUUCCUGUCAGAGAAUUGACUCUGGUCCGCCAGGUGUAUUCACUGGUAGAACAACUACUACGACAUUCACUGCAUACUGUGAUCGAGAGACUGAUGGAGGUGGCUGGACUGUGUUUCAGAGAAGACAAGAUGGCUCAGUGGACUUUUACCGUGACUGGAAUGCAUACAAACGAGGAUUCGGAUCAGCGUCUGGAGAGUUCUGGCUGGGUCUAGAUACACUACACUAUCUGACGUCACAAGCUGGUAGUACUUAUGAACUGCGUAUUGAUAUGGUGUUCAAUACAACUGGAGAGAAGCAUUAUGCCAAGUGGUCAACAUUCCGUGUUGAAGGUGAAGCUAACAAUUACAGACUACACGUUUCAGGAUUCUCAAGCCCUACAUUGCAAGACAGCAUGAAUUACCACAAUGGACAACAGUUCAGUACUCGAGACCGUGAUCAUGACUCAUGGAGUGGUGACUGUUCCAAUGAAUACAAGGGUGGUUGGUGGUAUAACACCUGUAGCCAUGUCCAUGCCAAUGGAUUGUAUGGACGUCGUGAAGAUGACUACACUGGUGUAGUGUACGUGCAUAACCGUGUUUUCAAAAGUUUGAAGUUUGUGGAAAUGAAGCUAAGAAAGCGUGGAUAAAACCCAAUGUGUUACUAGAUUCAUUCCACACACUGCGCUCAUUUGCAUCCAAAUGCAACAUACUGCACGUCUCAACUAGUUUCCUCUUUUCAUAAUGUCUUUAGAAACGUUUAGACCUCUUUCCACGCUUACAAUUCCUUUGCAGAGAAUCAGCAUGCCAUUCGACUCUCAGUCGCGAGAGUCUACAAACCAUCGAUGCUUUGUUUAAUAUAAUAUUACUGCACACAUUCACUAAGUGAGUGUUUGCCAUUUAAUGGGCAUUGCUCCAGUUCCUUCGCCACCAUAAAACACAUUGAUCUUCUUGGAGCGCUUUCGUGUUAUACUUUUUAUCAGCUAGCCAUCGUGGUUUCAAGAAUACGAUCACUCUUUGUAAUGAAUGGUACUUUUCCUCUCUACUACAGCCACCCGCAUUCUCUCACUAAAGACCUGAACACUAACCGUCUAGCGCUA